AUGGAAGGGCCUUGUUUCUGGGACACCCCAUAUAAGGGGGUUCUGCUUGCAGGCUGUCUCCUGUUGUGCUGGGGUCCCCGCGCUGUGGUUUGUACUGUUGUGGUGCACGUGAUCCCGGAGGCUCCGUCCGUGGGGCAGAACGUCACUCUGUCCGUGGAAGUCGGCCUGGAGCUCCUGCGUCACUUCGACUGGUACCGUGGGCGGCUGACUGAUGGCAGCACCCGCAUCUUCAGCUACUUCCCGGGGCAGGACCGCCCCCAGCGCAACGGGGUGCAGUUCACGGGCCGCGAGGUUGGCUUUCCCAAUGGGUCUCUGCUCCUCCGGGGCGCCCAGGCCAAUGACAGCGGCACCUACCAGGUCGCCCUGCAGCUGAUGCCGCAGGGCAGCGAGAAGGGCACUGUGGAGCUGCGGGUGAGCGCCCCGGCGACCACCCUGGGCCCAAGGACGCUGCCCCCCACGGGCUCAGGCACAGGGCCUCCCCCGGCCACAGCAGCCCCCAGCACCCCGCAGGUCCUGGGCUGGGUGGUGGCGGGGGUCGUGGUUGGGAUUUUGCUGACCGGAGCUCUGGGAGCCGUGGUCAUCUACCACCUCGUCCUGCGCAGGUCGGACCUGGCCGGAGGCUCCACAGGAAAACUGGAUCCCAAAGGGAAGAAACCACCAAGAUCUGCCAGGGAUGACACGGAGCCGAUUUACGAGGUGAUGGAGUCUCCGCUGGAGUUGCCCCAGCCGGAUGGGAGAAACCCCGAAACUGACCCCCAACCCCCCAGGCCAUGCCCUUGCCUCCCCAGCCAGACCCCAACUACACGGAGCUGCUGCAGCGAGCCGAGUCCGUGUACGCCCAGAUCCAGAGGUGACGCCAGCUGCAGAGUCCACAGGGGGGAACCCCCCAGGGACGCCCCCCGCCGUGGGGAACCCCCCCCAACGAGGAGCCACCCAGGGACACCCCCCUGCCAUGGGGAACCCUCUGAGGGUCCUCGCAAUUGGGAUCCCUGA